AUGAAUGACUAUAUGGAUUACAUCAAGGGAAUUAAGACUUACAUUGAUGAUUCCGCUAACAAGAUACAAGACAGAGUGGCUGAAAUUGUGAGGAUAGACGACAUCAAGGAUUUAAACAAGAUGCAAACAAAAAAAUAUCGACAUCGCAAUAAUAAUAAGUAACCUUCGCUUGUAACUUCAGGGGAGGUGUCAUAGGCUGAGAUUGAGUUACAAAAAUUAUAGCAGCAAAAUCAUCAACUCUAUGAUAAAAUGAAGGAGUUAGAGGAACAGAGAACCAAUCUCAAAUUCCAACUUGGAAAAUAUCGAUAAUUGAUUGCUGAUAAGCGGAAGUUGUUAAACAAAGAAUGCAGAGACGGAUUCUAAUUGCUCACUUAAACUAGGAGACCCAGAAUCAUGAGUGAGAAGAAGAGCAAGUCUCCUCAACUCUUUCUCACUUCCACUUCUACCAUGUCUCAAAAGAAACUGACCCAAGUGCACAUCCUACUUAGAGAUGUGAUGAAGGUCGAAAGACAACCUCCCAUCAUAAGGAGCAACAGGAGAUACACUUUUGAUUAAUUUAUGCAAUUAAACAAAACAGAAUAUUUUAGCUACAUACACAAUCAUUUACCCAAAAUCAAAGAAUACUUUCUUGAAUUCUCAUUCAAAAGAACAAAGCAAUUCAAAACUCUGUGA